AAAAGACACCGAAUUAAGUCAAAUUCCAGUGUUCCGUGUGUCCCGAAAGACUUGUUGAUGAUGUCAGAGUUAGUUCUUCCACAGUUCAUCUUUAGUCUUAUUCAGCACUUGAGAGAGGGCUAUAAUGAGCCUGCUCUAGAUCUGCCAUCAGAGAAGGACCUUCAUAAAAUCCUCCAGGUUUUGGAGCCUCAUGUUUCCUUUCUAGAAGACUUGACAAAAAUGGGAGGAGCAAUGCGAUCAGUUCUUACCCAGGUUUUGACUAGCCAGCAGUUCUACAAAGAUCUUAGCUCUGGUGUUGGAGAGAAUGCGUGUGCAAAGAAAAGUCAUGAAAAGUACCUCAUAGCUUUGAAAGGCUCUGGACUGGCGUUUCCCGAGGAUAAAAUUGCGUGUGGUAUGCAGGAGCAAGGAGCUGGAACCAGCACGUUAGCAGUUCAAGGUUUAGCAGGUGCUACAGCCACAUCAGGACAAGGGGAUUCUUCAGAUGAGGAGGACCAGGAUGGUAGCCAAGGUGUGGGCAAGCGCAAGAGGGUGAAACUAAGCAGCACCACCAAAGAUCAAUCUAUCAUGGAUGUUUUGAAGCAUAAAUGUUUCCUAGAAGAAUUAUUGUUUUGGACAAUAAAAUACGAGUUUCCACAGAAGAUGGUGACUUUCUUACUCAACAUGCUGCCAGAUCAAGAUUAUAAGAUUGCUUUUACCAAAACUUUUGUUCAGCAUUAUGCUUUUAUUAUGAAGACACUGAAGAAAAGCCAUGAAUCGGACACAAUGUCCAAUAGGAUUGUGCAUAUCAGCGUUCAGUUGUUCAGCAAUGAAGAACUAGCGCGCCAAGUAACAGAGGAAUGUCAGCUGCUGGAUAUUAUGGUCACUGUUCUGUUAUACAUGAUGGAAAGUUGCCUUAUUAAAAGUGAAUUGCAAGAUGAAGAAAAUAGCUUACAUGUUGUGGUGAACUGUGGGGAAGCACUACUGAAGAAUAAUACUUACUGGCCCCUGGUUAGUGAUUUCAUAAACAUACUUUCACACCAAAGUGUGGCAAAGAAAUUUUUGGAAGAUCAUGGUCUUUUGAUAACGUGGAUGAAUUUUGUCUCAUUCUUUCAAGGUAUGAAUUUAAAUAAGCGAGAAUUAAAUGAGCACGUGGAGUUUGAAUCGCAGACGUACUAUGCUGCCUUUGCUGCUGAGCUGGAAGCCUGUGCCCAGCCAAUGUGGGGUCUUCUGUCACACUGCAAAGUUAGGGAAACACAGGAAUACACACGAAAUGUUGUCAGAUACUGCCUUGAAGCACUUCAGGACUGGUUUGAUGCUAUCAACUUUGUAGAUGAGCCAGCUCCUAACCAAGUUACUUUUCAUUUGCCAUUGCACCGUUACUUUGCCAUGUUUUUAAGUAAGGCUGUCAAAUGCCAAGAACUAGAUCUGGAUACCAUCUUGCCAGAUCAGGAGAUGCUGAUGAAACUAAUGAUUCACCCACUUCAGAUUCAGGCAAGUCUUUCUGAAAUUCACAGCAACAUGUGGGUUAGAAAUGGCCUACAGAUUAAAGGACAGGCCAUGACUUACGUGCAGUCUCAUUUCUGCAAUUCAAUGAUUGAUCCUGACAUUUAUCUGCUGCAAGUCUGUGCCUCUCGGCUGGAUCCUGAUUAUUUUAUUUCGUCUGUUUUUGAAAGAUUUAAGGUGGUAGAUCUGUUAACGAUGGCGUCGCAACAUCAAAAUACAGUUCUUGAUUCAGAGCACGAAAGGUCCAUGUUGGAAGGAGCUUUGACGUUUUUGGUCCUUCUGUUAAGUCUUCGUUUACAUUUAGGAAUGACAGAUGAUGAGAUCCUCCGAGCAGAGAUGGUAGCCCAGCUCUGUAUGAAUGACAGGACACACAGUUCAUUAUUGGAUCUUAUUCCAGAAAACCCCAAUCCUAAAAGUGGUAUUAUUCCGGGAAGCUUAAGCUUUGAAUCAGUCUUGUCAGCAGUUGCUGAUUUUAAAGCUCCUGUUUUUGAGCCUGGAGGUUCCAUGCAGCAAGGAAUGUACACACCUAAAGCUGAAGUCUGGGACAAGGAAUUUGACCCUGUCAUGGUAAUACUCCGAACGGUUUACCGUAGAGAUGUGCAGUCUGCAAUGGACAGAUACACAGCAUUUUUAAAGCAAAGUGGCAAAUUUCCUGGGAACCCAUGGCCUCCUUACAAGAAGAGAACACCACUACAUCCAAGUUACAAAGGUCUCAUAAAGCUUUUACACUGUAAAACCCUGCACAUAGUGCUGUUCACACUCCUUUACAAGAUAUUAAUGGAUCAUCAGAAUUUAUCAGAACAUGUGCUUUGCAUGGUUUUGUAUUUGAUUGAGCUGGGGUUGGAAAAUUCUCCAGAGCAAGAGUCAGAUGAAGAGGAAUCUGCAGGUGGACAGGAGCGUUGCCAUGACAGUUGGUUUCCAGGUAGUAACUUGGUUUCUAACAUGCGUCACUUCAUUAACUAUGUCCGAGUAAGAGUGCCAGAAACUGCUCCAGAGGUGAAGAGGGAGCCACCGGCAAGUACGAGUUCUGAUGGCUUAGCUUCAUCACAAAGUUCAAGGCGGAAGAGCCUCCAGAGAGAGAAUUCAGGGACAGCUCAAGUGUUCAGUUUGGUUGCAGAACGUAGAAAGAAAUUCCAGGAGAUCAUCAAUCGGAACACCAGUGAGGCAAACCAGGUGGUUCGGCCCAAAACAUCGAUGAAGUGGUCAGCGCUUGGCGCGACUCCACAGCUGACCACAGCCAUUCUAGAGGUCAAGGAAAGCAUCCUGUCCUUGCUCAUCAAACUGCACCACAAACUCUCAGGAAAACAAAACUCUUACUAUCCUCCGUGGCUGGAUGAUGUGGAUGUUUUAAUCCACCCAGAAGUUCCGAGAUACUCUCACGGCGAUGGAAUGACGGCAGUAGAAAGGAUUUUAUUGAAAGCUGCUGUACAGAGCAGAUUGAAUAAACGUAUAAUUGAAGAGAUAUGCAGAAAGGUAACACCUCCUGUACCACCAAAAAAGAUCAGUUCCGCAGAGAAGAAAAUUCUGGAUAAAGAAGAAAGACGGCAAAAGGCCAGAGAAAGACAACAGAAAUUAUUGGCUGAAUUUGCCUCAAGGCAGAAAAGCUUCAUGGAAACUGCCAUGGAUGUUGAGUCGCCAGAUGCUGAUAUUGCCAUGGAGGUAGCUACGUCAGAGCAGCAUGUUUCUGAGGCAAUAUAUGAUUGUGUUAUUUGUGGGCAAAGUGGUCCUUCUACUGAAGACAGACCUACAGGGCUAGUGGUGCUAUUACAAGCAUCCUCAGUGUUGGGGCAAUGUCGCAAUAGCACUGAGCCAAAGAAAUUACCAACUUCUGAAGAGGAGCAAAUAUACCCUUGGGAUACCUGUGCAGCACUGCAUGACGUGAGGCUUACGACUUUACAGCGAUACUUUAAAGAUAGUUCCUGCCUGCAAGCAGUGUCAAUAGGCUGGGAAGGAGGUGUUUAUGUGCAAACUUGUGGCCACACUUUACACAUAGAUUGUCACAAAUCUUAUAUGGAAUCUUUACGGAAUGACCAGGUCCUCCAGGGUUUUUCAGUGGAUAAAGGAGAAUUUACCUGUCCCCUCUGUAGGCAGUUUGCUAACAGUGUUCUUCCUUGUUAUCCUGGAAACAACGUGGAAAGAAGCCUUUGGCAAAACCAGAGUAACAAGUGUAUGCAAGACCUGGUACAAGAGGUGGAAGAUCUCCAAGAGCAGCUGGGAACUUUCCCAGUAAGCAUCAGUUCUGAAACCAAUCUCAGUAAAGAAAUGGAAUCUGUAAUGAAAGACAUCAAAAGUACCACACAGAAGAAGUACACAGAUUACAGUAAGACUCUGGGAUCACCUGACAAUGAUUUUCUGUUUAUGUACUCGGUAGCCAGAACAAACUUGGAACUUGAGCUGGUCCAUCGAGGAGGCAACUUGUGUUCCGGAGGUGCAAGCACAGCUGGGAAAAGAUCAUGUUUAAAUCAGCUGUUCCAUGUGUUGGCCAUGCACAUGCGGCUCUACAGCAUAGAUUCUGCGUACAAUCCCUGGAGAAAACUUACACAGACGGUGCCGGAUAAAAAUUCAGAGCUGAUAAGUGAAGAGCUGCCAGAAGUUCCUGUGCUUUACAGAGACGUCUCAUCCCUUUUGCUUAUCCAGAUUUUAACCAUGCCUCAACCAUUGCACAAAGAACACUUCACCUGCAUUAUAAAAGUGCUGUUCACUUUACUGUAUACUCAAGCCUUGGCAGCACUUUCUGUUAAAUGCAGUGCUGAAGAUAGGAUGGCAUGGAAAGAGUCAGGAGCUCUCAAAAAGAAUACAUCCAGUGGAGAAACAUCUUGGGAAGCACUGCUGGGUCAUGUGAUUAGUGAGCUGUCUAAGGGGAAGAUAUACGAAGAAGGAGAGACUGAAGAAUUCAUAGUGGUAAAUCCUGAUUCUGUGGAGUGCUAUCUGCAGCAGUUCUGCCUGCCUUUCCUCAGGAUCACAAGCCUUCUUCAACACCAUCUUUUUGGAGGAGAUUUACCUAGUUGCCAGGAAGAUGAAGAAUUCACAGUUCUUGCAAGCUGCCUGGGCCUGUUGCCAUCUUUUCAGUCGGCUCAUCAGUUCACCAGUGCCUCUUGUCUUGACUGGCCAGUGCCAGCGUUUGACAUGGUAUCACAGUGGUGCUCAGAAUUGGCUUCGUUUGCCGAUAGACACCCAGAUCAAGUAAAGGCUUUGCUCAUUCAGGAGCCUAAGUGGGACCUGCCACGCCUCCUUCAGUUGCCUGAGAAUUACAAUACCAUUUUUCAGUAUUAUCACAGAAAGACUUGUACUGUUUGCACCAAGGUUCCUAAAGAUCCUGCUGUUUGUCUGGUUUGUGGUACUUUCGUAUGCUUGAAGGGACUGUGCUGCAAACAACAGAGUUACUGUGAAUGUGUGCUGCAUUCUCAAAACUGUGGAGCUGGGACAGGAAUUUUCCUUUUGAUUAAUGCAUCUGUUAUCAUCAUCAUACGAGGCCAUCGCUUCUGCCUGUGGGGUUCUGUUUAUCUCGAUGCGCAUGGGGAAGAAGACAGAGAUCUUAGGCGUGGUAAACCUCUCUACAUAUGCAAGGAGAGAUACAAAGUGCUUGAGCAGCAGUGGGUGUCUCAUACUUUUGAUCAUAUCAAUAAAAGAUGGGGGCCACAUUACAAUGGCUUGUAAAUCAUCAUCAUCACCUACGUACCGUAUCACUGGUGUUACCAUGAACGAAUGCAUCUUGGCUGACAAUAGCUUUAAUUGAAUGGAAGUUCAGCUCUUUGGCUCGGGGUGGAGUGGGGUAUGGGCAUAAAAGGGAAAUAGAACUUUGUCAACACGUGAAUUUUUUGCAAAAUCAGCUGCUGUUGCUACUAAAUAACGAUACAGUAAUUUGAAAUGAAAUCCUCAAAAUGGUAUGAGCAAUCUGAUUGCACUCAGUAGUUAAUUUGUUUUUUAAAGCCCAUUAUUGUUAAGAAGCACAAAUUUCACUUCCAGGGAUAGCUGUCAGGUUUUUAUUUUUCUCUGUGUGGAGUUGAGUUUUUAGCAGUUUUUGCUGAAGCAGUGUAUGUGUCUACUACAUCUACUAAAUCUGUUGG